AUGGAAGACGACGCCGAACGUGUCGACUGGGGAAACGACGACGACGAGCUGCAGGCGCCACCCGAGUCCUACCCGAGCGACUCUCCGCGACAAGCGACGGGUGGGUAUGCGGGCGAGGACGCCGAGGACGCUGUCUCCCUUGGUGGCGACGACGAAGAUGAGCGCGAGUUCUACGCUCACCACUCUACAGAGUCAGCCUCCGUCGGCGGGGGCCUUCUCAGCAAAUCAGCUGCUGUCACCCACUCCCAUACCACCAAACGCGACAACCAGCGCCAAUCCGCUACAUCCUCGCAGCACGCUCGAGCGCCCUCCCAGUCCAAAAACCCAGAGUCGCCCUCCAGUGGUCUUCGGCGCACUCACUCUGCAAGCACUCUCCCUGCUCCUCUCACGCAUGCACUUCCUCCGAAGCCAGUCGUGGCCCCGCCGCACUUCCGACCUCCCUCCCCCACAGGACCUGGCAUCCUCGCAAGCGCUAUGGUCCACCGACAGAAAAAGUCCAAUGGCUCGCUGAAGGCCUCUGAUGGCGGCGAUCCUUUGCCUCCCGACUGGGAGAUCAGGUACCCAAGAACCGGCGGCAACGAAGCCUAUUACUUCAACGUGAAGACCGAGGAAUCAACUUGGGUGCGACCGAAGCUGCCUCUCUCCGGCACGUCUUCACCAACCAAAGAACGGGAGAAUGGUUACAUGCAUUUGUCUGGGCGCCGCUCUCCUGAUGACCUUGACUCUGCGUUGCUGGAUAUGUCUGCCACAGGCCAGGCGAGACUCCACUGCCUGCGGGUAAAUCAGAGUCUGGUGACCGACGGAGUGAACGAUUGGGCGUGA